CCUCACAACCGCACAACCGGAGACACACUUAUUUCAUUUCCUGUAAAUACUUGUUCCUUCAACCAGCUAGUUAGCUUAGCUUCAUCACACGGGAGACUGAGAAGACACAGUUUUGUUUUCAGUUUUUUCAUCUCCAACUAAUCGUCGAGGUCUGCAGUCCGCACAAACAUGUCGCACACAAUUUUGCUUGUCCAGCCAACCAAGAGACCUGAGGGCCGCACAUAUGCUGACUAUGAGUCAGUGAAUGAAUGUAUGGAAGGUGUUUGCAAAAUGUACGAAGAGCAUCUUAAGAGGAUGAAUCCAAACAGUCCCUCCAUCACUUACGACAUUAGUCAGUUGUUUGACUUUAUUGACGACUUGGCAGAUCUGAGCUGUCUUGUGUACAGAGCCGACACUCAAACAUACCAACCAUACAACAAAGACUGGAUCAAGGAGAAGAUAUAUGUCCUGCUGCGGCGUCAGGCUCAGCAGGCAGCAAAGUAAAGGCGUCAUGGAGGAGUUGUCCUGCUACACACACUUGGAAGGAGUUUAUGCUGCACUAUUUCCACAGCGCCUUGAAGAUCUGUGUAUAAGGACAACAUUGUCAGUUUGACAAGGGAAGGGUUUACAUAAUAUACUGUACAUGGGGAAGGGAAGGGGUUUGAAAACUGGGGGAAAGUCAGAAAUUCAGGGCUUUAUAUAGAAACGGAGUCAUACUCUGCAGCAUACGUUUGUUACACUAAGAUCAGAGUGGGGCUAAUGGCUGCAAGGACUAACUUAUUGACGGAGAAGGAUUUGUGCUUUGAGAAAUGCUCCACGGGCUAGAUUAGAACUUUUUUUUUUUUAAGUUUUAGAUGUGUGCUUUCAGUUUCCCAAAAAGUUCUGUGACUUGUUUUUUUUUUUUUUUUUACACCUUUACUGGACUGUUGGAUUUGAACAUGCUGUGGAUUUUUAAUACAGGGGACUUGUUUUUGAAUGACAUACAUGUCUGCAGACUGACUAACCCAUUAACUGAUCCCAGAAGAUUUAUUUUCCUCUCAUCUUAUUAUUAUUAUUGUCACUAUAUCCUACCAUUGUGAAAUGCUGUUUUUGUAGAUUUCAACUAUCUCAAUUUCUGUUAUCUUUGAUUUAAACAAAAAUAAACUGUUGUUUUCUGA